GAAGCCGGUUCCUAGGGGCGGGGUUACGAGGAAGUUGGUAGGCGGGGCCGGCGGCUGAGCUUCCGGUUCCGCGUAUGAGGUCAAAGACAGGCCGGCGGAGAGGGAUGAAAUGAAAGCGGCCGAGUAGCUGCGACCCGGAGGCGGAGGCGGAGGAGGAAGGCGACUUGCAGCCUGGAAAGGCGGGAUAUACCGGGAGACGGAGAGGCCUCUGUGCUGGACCCUAGAGGUUGUCCCUAGGCAGCGAGAGCGAUGGGCCAUUGGAAAUUACGCCUCCUUUGCUGGUUUCUGCUUUUCCUUGUCUUGGCUCUGAAGAUCCUGUCAGCUGCAGAUUUUGACCCUUAUCGGAUCCUUGGAAUCAGCAAGUCAGCUAGCCAAGCCGACAUUAAAAAGGCCUACAAGAAACUGGCCCGAGAAUGGCACCCGGACAAGAACAAGAACCCAGGAGCUGAAGAUAAAUUCAUCCAAGUCAGCAAAGCGUAUGAGAUACUUUCCAAUGAAGAGAAGCGAAGUAAUUUUGAUCGAUACGGAGAUGUGGGCGAGAACCAGGGCUACACGCAACAGCAGCAGCAACACCACUUCCGCCAUUUCCACGACAGUUUUUACUUUGACGAGUCCUUUUUUCACUUCCCCUUUAACUCCGAGCGCCGAGACUCUGCCGAUGAGAAAUACUUGCUGCAGUUCUCUCACUACAUCAAUGAAGUGGUACCAGACAGCUUCCAUAAGCCGUACCUCAUCAAGAUCACCUCCGACUGGUGCUUCAGCUGCAUCCACAUAGAGCCGGUGUGGAAGGAGGUGGUGCAAGAACUGGAGGGGCUCGGGGUUGGAAUAGGAGUCGUCCAUGCCGGUUACGAGAGAAGACUCGCUCACCACUUGGGCGCACACAGCACCCCUUCUAUUCUAGGAGUAAUUAAUGGCAAGAUUUCAUUUUUUCACAAUGCCGUUCUCCGGGAAAAUCUCCGACACUUUGUAGAAAGCCUUCUUCCUGGGAACCUCGUGGACAAGAUCAAUGACAAAAACUACAUUCGGUUCUUGUCCAAUUGGCAACAAGAGAAUAAACCUCAUGUGUUACUGUUUGAUCAAAUGCCACCCGUGCCACUGAUUUAUAAGCUUACUGCUUUUGCGUAUAAGGAUUAUUUAUCAUUUGGCUAUGUGGACUUGGGCAAGAGGGAGACUGAGCAAAUUAGCACUCAGUACAAUAUUAAUAUGUACGCCCCAACCAUCCUCAUCUUCAAGGAGCACAUCAAUAAGCCUGCUGACAUGGUGCAGGCCAGAGGAAUGAAAAAGCAGGUCAUCGACGACUUCAUAUCAACCAAUAAGUUUCUCCUGGCAGCCAGGCUGUCCAAUCAGAAGCUCUUUCAAGAACUUUGUCCUGUGCGGAAGUCUCACCGUCAGCGCAAGUACUGUGUCGUGUUGCUGACCGGAGAGGGAGAGGAUUUCCAGAAGACCUAUGAAGCCUUUCUAUCGUUUGCCUCGGCCAAUACUAAGGAUACCGUGAGGUUUGUCCGUGCUUUCAAGGAACGCCAAGCAGAACUGACCAGCGCGUUACUGGGGGGAGAGGAUAAAUACCCAGACAAGCCCUCGUUGGCCGUACUUGAAAGGCGGAAUUCUGCUGGGCGAAUAGUGUACAAGAUUGUAGCCCAGAUCUGGAUCGGCAGCGAGGAGAAUAAGUUUGUGCUUCUGGACUUCCUGGACAGGUUAAGGAAAGAUCCGAGUCUGCUGUCCUCCGAAACGGUUCUGAGCGAUCUGAACGAUGAGCUAGCGCCUGUAUUCUUCCUGCGCUGGUUCUACACAGCAAUGCAUUAUUGGUCGGAAGUGUGGGAGAGUCUGCUGCACAACAACUGGAGGGAGAUGAUGCCGCUUUUGUCUCUGAUCUUUUCUGCUCUGUUUAUCCUGUUCGGGACGGUGAUUGUUCAGGCUUUUAGUGACUCGAGCGAUGAGAGAGAUUCUGUUCCUUCUGAUAAGCAAGAGCCCAGCGAUAAGGAAAAGAGCACAGAGACAAACUACUCAAAGGAAAGCACAAGGGUCCCUAAGAAAGGCUUUGUGGAGGUGACGGAAUUAACCGACGUGAAUUACAUGAGUAACCUGGUCCGACUCCGCCCGGGCCACAUCAACGUGGUGCUAAUAGUCUCCAGUUCCACUAAGGCCAGCCUACUGCAGAGAUUUGCCCAGGAAGUGUACACCUUCACAGGGAGCAGCACCCUGCACUUCUCUUUCCUCAACCUGGAAAAGCACCGUGAGUGGCUGGAGUACCUGCUGGAGUUCGCCCAGGACGCCGCCCCCAUCGCCUACCAGUACGACGAGCACUUCUUCGAACGGGACUACACGGGCUACGUGCUGGCGCUGAACGGCCACAAAAAGUACUUCUGCCUCUUCAGAGCCCAGAACACCAUAGAGGAGGAGAAAGUCCCCGAAGAGCUAGAACUCUCGCCCCUGUCGGGGGACAGCCUGAGAAAGAUGGCGCUGGGCUCAGGGGCCGGCCACAUUAAAAAGAAAUUAAACAAGUUAUCGUUAUGGAUGGAGCGCCUCCUAGAGGGCUCAUUGCAGAGGUUCUAUAUUCCUUCCUGGCCUUCACUGGACUGAGACUUUUUUUUUUUUUCUUUUUUUUUUUUUUUAAAAAAAAAAAAAAAGGACUUAAUCCUUUUAAACUGUGAACCUAGGGGUCCGUCCGACCAGAGAAACUUUUUUUUGCCGGGAUUAGCCAGGAGCCAAUCAGGAUUGCCAUUGCCACUCGCAUUGGGAACGCUCCUCAAUGACUUCAUCAAAGAUGCCACCAUGCUGCCUGUCCUCGUCCAGCUUCACGGUUUGGCCAACCCUCCUCGGUGUCAGAGAUGGGGGCGUGUCUGUGAGGGAUAGGCGGUAUGUUAGCGUAGAGGUCCGACGCAUACUACAGGUAGCAUUUCAUUUCCUUACUAUGCUUGGGGUUAACUCUGCGGCUGCCACGUCCCACACACGCCAACCAGUAAACGGAUUGACCCCCAGGGUCAGGGAGCAGAUGCUUUAAUAUUUUUACAAUCGUGAAGCCAUUUCAGAUGACGGUCACUGCUGUGCCUGGGCAAAUCUAAGAAUUUUAGUAGACCAUUUUCUAGCUAGUCAGAAUUUAGCAGCGCCACCUUGUGGCUCCAACGCACAUUUGCGUCCAAAAACAUAAAGCCUUUUUCCCUCUGUCCAAUUUCAUUUAGCAAAGGCAACGGGAAGUACCGGUUACACGGUCGAUCACUCGUUACCAUUAGGAACAAACUGAUUGGUGGAGAAGAAAUGAAGCGCCAUAGCCAGCCAAGCAGGUUAAUUGCCGAGACGUUCGUUAUUUAGUUUUUCAGGAUUCUCUUUUGUGUAUUAAAUGCCAAAGUUUUUGUCAAAGAAAAAG